AUGCAAUAUUUAACAUUUUAUUCAUUCAUUAUCUUAAUAUUAAGUGAAUUAAGUGAUAUUGCUUCGUGUAAACCUCUAAAAACAUCUGAAAGAGACACAAGAAGUGCCAGUAAUGGUGGCAUACCAGAUCCAGGAUUCAGUUAUGGUUAUGGUUAUGGUUUCGACACUUUCCAACCUGAUUUAAGCAGUUAUCCAGGAUAUAAGUUUGAUUAUCCAUAUGAGGCAGGUGUAUAUUAUAAUUAUCCUCAUCAACAUGAUGUACCUGUACUUCAAGGUGGAUUUGAUUAUAAUCCUGCGAGAUAUCCUUAUCAACCGGACUUCUCAAGUGGAUAUUACCCUGGAUAUCAACCUAAUUAUACUCCUGGGGGUCCUGGGUAUGGAAUACAACCUGGAGUACAACCAGGGAUCAUUCCUCCAGUGUCUUCAGUGACGCCUGUACCAUAUGAUCCAGAAUAUCCUGGAUAUGUGAAUAGACCAGUCACACCUGGUUAUUAUAACUAUCCAGGUGGGUAUCAAGCUGGAGUGAUUAAUAAUCAGCCUACGAUUGGUCCAAAUUUGUUGUUGCCGGGUAGUAGAGGAGGACAUAAACCUUUGAAUCGUGUUCCAUUGGGUGUGAAUCCUGGGAAAUCAAGUGGGGAUUUGCCUCAGCCUAGUUUGUCAUGGCAAAUACCUAAUAGACAAUUUUGA